AUGAAGGCUCGAAUUUUGAUUGCAUACUUGGCUUCCGAACAACUAAUCAUCCAAAAGACGCCGUUGCUUGACUUUGCAGAUGAAACAGCGGCGGUCGUCAACACGACUCUUUUUAUGAGAUACAUGGCUUCUAAAGCUACUGGGGAUACUAAGGGCAUUGAGAUCUCCACUGACCCACCACGUCGACGGAACCUACACCCGGAUGGUAAUGGCAAUUGGUCCUCUGGAUUGAGCACACUGUAG